GUCGUUUGUAAAUUAUAUGACGCUGGUUCCUCGACGAAGCCUAUACAAUACCCCAUAUUUCACGCCAUCACGUUGCAUGCCCAGGUGUAUAAUAGUAGUAUAAUACCAAGAGAGUCAGGCGAUCGGACGGCGUCGUAGUGGAAUCUGUUAUAACCUUGAAAUAUAUUAAAAUUCUCCGUGGCCUUCAGCUCGCCGCACCCUUGGCAAUACCACUCUGCUACUAUGAGAAGAAAAUCUCAAAUAUAAUAUCAUAAUACUUGAACGCCCGUAGAGCCAGUCCAGUCAGGAUCUCAUUAUCUCUUCUCUCAUCGUUGGAGUUCGGUGCUGUUCCUAGAUACCUAUUCUGUCCCGUCAAAGAUUUCAAGCGCCCAACGAUGGAGGCACCGGCGAAAGUAGUAGUUGACCACACCCAAAUAACGAUUCUCCUUGUGGUAUCGACGAUCUUAACGGCCAUCUCAGCCGUCCUGGUUAUCACUCGAACAUGGAUUCGGUUCAUCGUCUUGAAAAGGUCCGGGAUGGAUGAUUAUAUGGCACUCGGCGCCUUGCUAUUCUCAAUAGGCUACCUCAUAAUCCUCUAUAUCGGGAAGAAUGAAGGCAUGGGAUCUCCCAUGACAGUUCUGACGUUGGAUGAGAUGGGAUCCCUCCUCAAGAUAACCUUCGCUAUCGAGAUCUUAUACUACUCGAUCAUCGGCUGCGUAAAGGCGUCUAUCGUAUUCAUGUACGAUAGAUUCGCUAUUUCAAACGGCUUCAAGCAUCUUUGUGUAUCUACAAAUAUCCUCAUGCUUGUUUUCUUUUUGGCCUCUAUCGGUGUCGUUGUCGGCCAGUGCAGACCACUUCGGAAGGCGUGGGACAUUACGUUUUUAGCCCCAGGCAGCUGUAUAAACACAACUGCCUUCUUUUACUUCACUUCCUCAUUCGGCAUCCUCCUUGAUGUCUGGAUCAUCGUGCUCCCCAUCCCGACUCUCAAGAAACUCCAGGUAUCGAAGCGCGAUCGACGUGUACUAUACGGCGUCUUUGGCAUCGGUCUUCUCGCAACCGCCUGCUCCUGCGCUCGAUUAUACUCCAUCCACACUUUUACCAUGGCCGAGGAUCCCUUCCGCGACAGUAUCCUUGUGAAUCUCUGGUCGAUAGUGGAAGUGAACGUAGCGAUAUGGUGUGCGUGCGCGCCCGCGCUGAAGCCCCUAUUCCACCCGCAGCGUUUUCUCGACUCAGGGAAGUCAUCGAGCCGCAACCGAAACUACAAGAGCCUGACCCUGCCGAGAUCGGACAAAAAAGACACCCUCGAGCACUCCACCUCGCAGUCCUACAUCAUGUCCGCCCACAGCGGCAACCACUCGUCGUCGGCGAGGGAGACUUCGCCGGGCCCGGAAGACAUCGAGCUCGGACUCCCCAAACAAGCUCAUGUUCAAUAAAUAAUAUCUUUAAUCAACUUUGCUGGACCGUCAGUCACAUUUUUACCGGAAGAGCGACACAUGCACGUCGUUUGAUACCCAUUCGAAACUUCGUCCAACCCGUUUAUCUAAACAUACCUA